AUGAGCGAGAAUCCAAUCAACGCUCCACUUGGCCGAGACAGACUGAUUGUCAUCGUCUCAUUGUCAGUCAUCAGUUUCCUGGGCGCUUUCGAUUCCACGGUGUUUCCUCCAGUGUUGCCAACAAUAGCCAAAGACCUACACGGCAAUGCGACGGACACAUUCUGGGUUGGAACAGCCUAUCUGUUGCCAAGUGCUGCUUUGCAGCCAGUCUUGUGUGCAAUAUCUGAUGUCUUCGGCCGUCGAUCGAUCCUGCUCGCUGCGAUCACACUUUUCACCAUCGGCUCCUUUGUCGGAGCCCUCGCGCAAAACAUGGCAACCAUUCUGCUCGGACGGACGAUUCAAGGCAUCGGUGGUGGUGGAAUGAUUCCUCUUCCGAUGAUAGUGAUGACGGAUCUAUUCGAAUUGCGAGAAAGACCCAAGUACACUGCCUGUGUUCAGCUGUUCUCGGCUAUUGGCAUCAUAAUCGGCCCUGUGAUGGGAGGUUUGUUCACUCAACAUGCUGCUGACCGCGGAGGUUGGCGCUGGGUGUUCUACGUGAACUUUCCUUUCUGUGCAAUCGCCUUCGUGUCGCUCUAUUUCGCAUUGCGCAAGAUGAAAGUCACCCGAGACAGUCAUCGGUCAAUUGACUGGAUCGGAUCGUUCUUGUUCACGUCUAGUAUGGUGGCCUUGCUAAUGGGUCUCUCGUGGGGAGGCACCCUGUACAAGUGGACGAGCUUCCGGACACUACUCCCCUUGAUCUUGGGUGCCGUUGGUAUCAUCCUCACCUUCAUCUGGGAAGUCUAUGGAACACGAUCGCCGUUCCUUCCAUUAUCCAUUCUUAAAAAUCCAGCUUCGAUCGCCGUAUACCUUACAUCUUUGAUUCAAGGAAUAUCAAUGUUUGGUAUCCUCUACUACAUGACUUUCUUCCUCGAGAUUGUUCAAAGACUGUCUCCCACGCAGACCGGCACCCAGAUCAUGGCACUCUCCGCUACCAUGGUGCCAUGUGGUCUGGUCACUGCUCUACUCAUCACCAAGUUCGGAAAGUACAAAUGGGCUCAGUGGAAAGGAUGGAUCGUGGCCUCAGUCGCCACCGGACUCCUAUGUCUCCUGAAGCAAGAUACCCAUCGAGGGUUUUGGAUUGGAGCCCUGGUCCUGCUUGGACUAGGCCACGGAAUUCUCUUCAAUAGCAUUCUCUUCGCUGCGCAAGCCGUGGUCCCGGCCAAGAAUGUCGCGUAUGCAGCCACUCUUUACACCUUUUUCCGAACCAUCGGGUACGCCGUUGGUGUUGUGCUAGGAUCAACGACUCUGUCCAAUGUCACGGCCGCUUACUUGCAGAACCAUGGCUUCCCCGCGCAAGAGGCUCAAAAGAUUGCCUCUCAUAUCGGCCUCUCUGACGCUGCUCUUCGCGGGGCACCCUCCCGGGCCAGUGUCAUUAUGGAAUCUUAUGUCCAAGGCAUUCGAGGCGUCUUUAUCGCAUUGACUUGUCUUGCUGGGCUCGGUCUGAUUAUAACUUGGUUCAUCCCUCAAGCCAGUAUGGACCAGGCUCUCGAGUCUGAACACCAAUUGGAGUUGCAACGUCUCCAUUCGAACCCGCCGAGCCCGUCUUUGCAGGAUCCAAGACUCAUGUCCACUUUGACCGUGCACACUAUCUAUACCAAGGAUGACCGUAGCCCAGUCGAGUCCCACCAUGUGGUUUGA